CAGAACAAUAUGGCGCCGAUGACAGUUGCCACGAUCCCUCCACACAUUCCCAGAACCCAAACCGCAAUACUACAAACUAAGGAUGGUUCGCUUCAAAUUACACAGGAUGUAGCACUUCCUCGAGUUCCAGCCAAUCGAAUGCUAGUAAAAGUCAUCGCAGUAGCACUCAAUCCAUGCGACUGCAAAAUGCCCUCUCAAUUCCCCAGUCCAGGGGUUCGUAACGGCACCGAUUUCGCUGGUAUCAUCGUAGCCAUCGGUCAAGACGUAGAAGAUUUGCCCUCCAAACCAAAUUGGGGGAUAGGCGAUGAGGUGUUCGGAGCUUGUCACGGUGCGAAUGCCAUCGAUCCAGAACAAGGAGCUUUUGCACAGUACAUUCGUGCAGACCCAGAACUUCUUUUCAGAAAACCCGAAUAUAUAUCUUGGGAGGCUGCAGCGGCAACGGGAGCAAGUGGUAUUGCAACAUUGGGGCUGUCGCUUUUUUGGGAGGGUGGUAUGGGUUUGGUAGGUACACCUGAGAAUCCGGCUGUGGAAGGGGAGCGAGAGCAGGUUCUUGUUUACGCUGGGAGUACUUCCGUUGGAACACUUGCUAUACAGCUUCUGAGAAAGUUAGUCGUCUAUCUCCCAUCACAUCUUUUGUUAACCUCUUCCGCGUUGUUGCCUUGAAAACUAGUUGACAUAUGUACCCAAAAGCUAUGGCCACAUCCCACUCACAACUUGCUCGCCUGCUAAUUUCGGGCUCGUGAAAUCUCGCGGAGCCGAGGUGGUGUGGGAUUAUAAAUCUCCUACCUGUGCUCAAGACAUCAAAGAAUAUACUGGUGACGAACUUGAGCUCAUAUUAGACCCAAUGACAGAAGCGAAGACGCAAAGACUUUGUUAUCAAGCCAUGGGACGGGGAGGUGGUAGAUAUAUUGCCUUGGAAGUCUGGCAGGACAUGAAUCAUACUCGAGAAAGCAUUGAACCGACAUUCAUCAUGGGCUGUUCAAUUAUCGGCAAUCCGAUUCCGUUGGGAAAUGGGUACGGUAGCGAAGCCGAUCCAGAGAAGCGGGUUUUUGGAAUCAAGUACUAUCGUGACAUUCAGAAGUUAUUUGAUGCGCGAAAGCUGGUUCCUCAUCCUACGAGAAUUAUUCCUGGUGAAUGGCAGGGAGUCCUUGAUGGCAUUGAGUUGCUCAAGUCUAGAAGUAUAUCAGCGGAGAAACUUGUUGUUUUUCUUGGCUCUCCUUAG